AUGGCCACUGACACGACCAUUCUCCUUCAAAUUGGGCUGAUGCUUGUGGUCUUGAUCUUUUCUUGGGUCCUUUUGGGUUUCCUCAAGAGCGUUGAACGCGAACAGAAUGACAAUGACACCCAGCCGAGGGAAGCAGGUCCUUGGGAUGGUUCUCUUGGGAUAGGUAUUCUUGAAUGCAUUACCUGUCUUGCCCUGGGAUACCUGGCAGACGCCUCAGCUCGUCUGGAAACCACUUCUCUGGUCAACAAUGGAGCAGCGCUGUUGACGAUGGCGUUUGUACUGUUAAUCUCGCAUAUCUCACUGGUGCUCGUCAAUUCCAACUUGGAGAACCGCAAUUCCACAAUCGAAAAGUCCUGGUUCAUGCGGUUGGUACUCACUACUUCUUGUGCUGAGCUGCUGGUCGCCAUGUAUUUCUGCCCUUUAAUCUUCCGGGACAUGGCAGCAUUCCUACCAUCAGCAAACACUUUGGAAGACCCUGUGGAUAAGUCAGACGUCCUGAGGCACAUCAGUCGGGUCUUCAGUCGCUGGGUGCCUUUGAGCUGUUUCACAUGGGCGGCACAAUUUCUCCUCGUGAUGAUAUCCGAGAUCAAGCUUCGCCUCUCAGGCCUCAACGUGCCACGCAUUCCAGAGUCGCAUCAACGUAAGCACAUCCUCUACAAGACAUUAUACAAGCGGUCUGAAAUGCUAACCUACUGCCUUCGCACAGUCAUUCAAAUAUUCAGCAAGGUCGGACCGCUUGAGCCCGACGACAACUUGUUCAUCCAGAACUACGUCCGUGACCUUCUUUCCAGUAUCAGCGGAACCCCAAUGACAGAUAAUGGAAGACCGUACGGUAGCCUGUUGAUACGUACUGCAGUUUGCAUUGCCGCCGUCGAAGGUAAGGUCUUGUCAGCCCCUUCCUAA